UAAAAUGUCAUAUUUCUGUCUAUUUCCUAUGAGAAAUCCGCAACUCAAAGUGACAUUUUUGUGGUUGGAAACUUGGACGUACGUCACCAAACCAAGAGGAAAGCAAUGAAUUCAGUCAGUCGUCAAAACACAUAAGGCGGGCGAGCCGCGCGUGCCCAAGUGGGAGUGGAAGUGCUGAACCCAAUCGGCAACCCAGAUGAUGAACAUGAAUUGUCGUCUGAAUGGCCCUGCUCGUCUGAUGCUAGUCUCAGAUCUUGACUACACCUUGGUUGAUCAUGAUGCGCCUGAUAAUCUCUCCCUUCUCAAGUUCAAUGCGCUGUGGGAAUCAUAUUACCGCCAUGAUUCUCUGCUGGUAUUUUCCACCGGAAGAUCACCCAUCACGUACAAACCUCUGAGGAAUCAGAAACCCUUGCUAACCCCCGACAUCACCAUCAUGUCCGUCGGCACUGAGAUUAUGUAUGGCGGUGGUACUGAUAUGAUUCCUGAUCUUGGUUGGCAACAGUUUCUCAGCCACAGAUGGGAUAGAGCCGUGGUUGUUGAAGAAACUAAUCAAUUUCCUCAACUUACUCCUCAGGCAGAGGGAGAGCAACGACCUCACAAGGUUAGCUUUUAUGUUGACAAGGUUAUGGCAUUCGAAAUAAUGAAUGUUUCAUCACAACGGUUGGAGAAACGCGGGGUAAGAUUUCCUCGAUUGUUUUCGUUCUCUAAACCUUUUUGCUACACUCCAGAGCAUUCACAACUUCAUUUGGAAACAAAACUGUUAGACGUAAAGAUCAUUUAUAGCAGUGGGAUUGCUUUGGACGUUUUACCAAAAGGUGCUGGUAAAGGACAAGCUCUUGCAUAUCUGUUAAAGAAAUUCAAGUUUGAGGAGAAACUUCCACACAACACUCUUGUUUGUGGCGACUCUGGAAACGAUGCUGAACUCUUCAGUCUCCCUCAAGUGUAUGGGGUGAUGGUGAGUAAUGCACAAGAAGAAUUGUUGCAGUGGUAUGCAGAAAAUGUGAGCGACAAUCCUAAUAUGCUUCAUGCAACUGAGAGAUGUGCAGCUGGUAUAAUACAAGCACUUGGACAUUUUCAUCUAGGUCCAAAUGUAUCGCCAAGAGAUUUCAAAGACUUCCGAAAGUGCAAAGUGGAAAUGUCCAGUCCUGCUCAUGAGGUAGUCAAAUUCUUUUUGUUCUAUGAGAGAUGGCGCCGUGCUGAAGUAGAGAAAUCUGAGGAGUAUAUCCAAAACUUAAAACCAGUCUUUCAUUCAUUGGGUAUCUUUGUCCAUCCCUCCGGAGUUGAGCUACCUAUCCACCAGUGCAUAGAUUCGUUGGCAGGGUUGCAUGGAGAUAAGCAGGGAAAACAAUUUUGGACAUGGGUGGAUCGAUUAUUGUUGGUUCAAAUUGGCUCAAAUGCAUGGCUCGUGAAGUUUAAUAAGUGGGAAUUGUGUGGUGAGAUGAGUCUACCUUUCUAGCAUUUAUACGAGAUAGAAAAAGAAUUGGAAGAAUACAUUCGAUUAGUUAAUCUAGUAGAAUAUGUAAUGAAAUAGUUACAUUUGUAUCAAAACGGGUAGCUAGUCAGUAGUUAAAUAUCUGAGUAAAGGACGAUUCUUGAAAUAGAAACGUGAAAGUUGAGAGGGCAUAUAAAAUGUAAGUGGACAAAUUUAGGGAGCUGCUAUUAGCACUCCAGAAAAGUCAUCAGGCAUACAAUAUUUUGUGAGUGCUAAUUAUCGUGCAGAACUUGAUGAUUUAGUUAUCUGAUAGUAACGGAUUGGUAUUGGUGAAAGAUUGAUGGAUUAAUUGUUGUAGACAACGAGCGGCAAUGCUGUCUGACUAGUCCUGAUGAGUUCGAAGGCUGAGGUGCCAGAUGCUUUCACUUGGCUGCACAUGCAUCAGACAUGGCUGGACGGUUUGGAAAUUAAAGAACAAGAAAGAUGGUUAUUUUAGCUUCCUA